AUGGAUCCCCUCAGUAUUACUGUUAGUGUUAUCGCCAUACUUGACCUAACGACAAAGGUCUUUGGCUAUGUCAACUCUGUCAAGUAUGCUUCGAAAGAACGGAGGCAGUGCGCAAUGGAGAUGUCGUCAACUCUGGCUCUCUUAACGGAACUUCGUUACCACUUGGAAGACUCGAGCCCAAACACUCCAUGGUUCGAAUCUGUGUGCGCUCUCGAUGGAAAAGACGGCCCACUUGGUCAAUACAAGGCAGCACUCAAGGAGCUUGAAAUGAAGCUUGAGCCACCCGAAGGAUUCAAGAAAGCUGCCAAAUCCUUGACGUGGAAGCUUAAUAAAAGCGAAUCCGACAGCAUCUUAUCUCGCAUUGAACGACUCAAGUCAUCAAUCCAUAUUGCACUUGAACUCGACAAUUUGUAUGCUCCAAAUCUCAAUUACAAUGCCUCACUAAUGGUUUUCGAUGGCUAA